AUGCUGGGGGUGAGGAAGGGCGCGGCGACUGUGGAGCUCGGGUCGCUGACGAUGAGGAGGAAGGGCGCCCCGCCUCCGGCUCCCCCGGUUGUGCCGGUGGAGGAGGGGAAGAAGGCGCCGGCGGUGGGGGCGGGGAAGGUGUCGGCGGAGGAGGUGUGGGAGGUGCGGCCGGGCGGCAUGCUGGUGCAGAAGCGGGGCCCCGAGGAGGACGAGCCGGCGCCGGAGAGCGUGAAGCCGGUGCCCACCAUCCGGGUCAAGGCCAAGCUCGCCGGCAAGACCCACGAGAUCUACGUCAGCGCGGAGGCCACGUUCGGCGACCUGCGGAGGCGGGUGGCGGAGCGCGCCGGCGCGCACCCGGAGGACCUGCGGACGCUGUACAAGGGCAAGGAGCAGGACCCCAAGGCGUUCCUCGACAUGGCCGGCGUGAGGGACCGCUCCAAGGUCGCCGUGGUGGACGACCCCGAGGCCCGCGCGCGGCGGCUGCUCGAGGAGCUCCGCCUGGGCAGCCUCCGCAAGGCCGCCGGCGCCGUCGCCGCCGUCGCCGCCGAGGUCGACAAGAUCGCGCCCAAGGUGUCGGCGCUGGAGGCGUCGGUGCGGAAGGGGGAGAAGGUGGCGGAGAAGGACGUGGCGACGGUGACGGAGCUGCUGAUGAACGAGCUGCUGAAGCUGGACGCGGUGGUCGCCGGCGGCGACGUGAAGGCCCAGAGGCGCGUGCAGGUGAAGCGGGUCCAGAAGUACGUGGAGACGCUCGACGCGGUCAUGGCCAAGAACGCCACCAUCGCAAGCAAGCCCGCCAACGCGAAGAAGCCGCAGCAGGCGCCACAGCCGCCGGCGCCGGCGAGGCAGCCGCAGCCGCAGUCGCAGCGCCAACGCCAGCAGCAGCCUCCGCAGCAGCAGCAGCAGCCGGCGGCGCAGACGACGCGGUGGGAGAUGUUCGACCUGCUGUCGUCGCUCCCGACCACGUCGUCUUCCUCCUCCACCACCACCGACAGCUCCACCGCGUCCUCCGCCGGCGCGCCCCCUCCCCCCACCAACCGGCUCGACUGGAUGCUCUAG